UUGGCGGCGGCUUACGAAGAGUGCCGCCGGGUGACACGGCGCGAGGCUCGCAACUUUUACUUCGCCUUCCUCACGCUGCCGGCUCGGCAGAGGAGAGCAAUCUACGUUGCUUACACGUUCUGCCGGCAUUGUGACGAUUCGGUCGACGCCGAAGGCACAUACGAGGAGAAGUUGCAGCGCGUUGAGUACCUGCGGAGCCGGUUGGGCGCAGCAUACGCCGGGCACGCCGACCAACCGCUGUUCGUCGGGUUGGCCGAUGUGGCGGCAGCCCAUAACAUCCCGGAGGAGUACUUCCAGGAGGUGCUGAACGGGGUGGAGUCCGACCUGGUAAAGACCAGGUACGCGAAUUUUGACGAAUUGCGCGCCUACUGCUACCAAGUGGCAUCGGUGGUGGGGCUGAUUUGCGUUCAUAUUUUCGGUUAUCGCGGAGGCGAGGACGCACACCGGGGCGCAAUCGACCUGGGCCUGGCGAUGCAACUGACCAAUAUCUGCCGAGACGUGCGCGAGGACUGGGAAUUCGGGAGGGUCUAUUUGCCGCAGGACGAGUUGGAACGGUUCGGCGUUACCGAAACGGACCUGGAGAAUCACGCCGUGACCGACGGUUUCGCCAGCCUGAUGCAAUUCCAGAUCGACCGGGCGCGGGAGUAUUUCGCCAGCGGCAGAAGCCUGCUGCCGCUCCUCUCACCAAGAUCCCGGGCCUGCCCCGCUGCUCUGGGUCUCAUUUACGGCGGGGUGCUCGACAGGAUCGAAGCCGCGGGAUACGACGUGUUCCGCGAGCGGAUCGGCCUGAGCAAAGGGGCGAAGCUGGCGCUGAUGGCCCGGGCCUGGCUUACGGGUCCCAUUGAUGAAGUGACUGGCAGUCGCGGCGAUAGAAGACCAUCAGCGCUGGUCAUUGGCGGCGGAUUGGCCGGGAUCGCCGCGGCGGCCCGGCUGGCCGAAUACGGCUGGCAGGUGACGUUGCUGGAGGCUCGAACCUCGUUGGGAGGUCGGGCUUUUUCGUUUGAUGACCGGGAAAGCGGUCGCGAGUUGGACAACGGGCAGCAUGUGAUUGUAGGUGCGUGUCACAACCUCGUUUCCUUCUUCGAACGCAUCGGCGUUGGCGACCUCUGGCACCUACAGCCAAGGCUGAACGUCGAUGUAUAUGACGGGUCGGGACGCAAAGGAAAGUUGUAUGGUCUGGGCGGCCCCGCGCCGGGGCACCUGCUUGCGGCGUUAGUCACCUACCGGCACCUGAGCGUCGGAGACAAGCUCAAGGCGGUGCGCGGGGUGAUCGCUGCGAUGUUCGCCAACCGGUCCGCGCACGAGCUGGAAACCAUGUCGUUUUACGAAUGGCUACGAGCCCACGGCCAGUCGGAACGGGGCAUCUACAACCUGUGGAACGUCGUCAUCGAGGGGACGCUAAACGACAACAUCCGCGACGUCAGCGCGGCGAUGGGGUUGAUGAUCGUGCAGGAUGGUCUGUUGACCGGGCGGCGCACCGCCAACAUCGGGUAUCCCAAGGCCCCCCUGGGCCAGGCUGUAGGCGCACCGUGCGAAGCCUACCUGGACAGGCUCGGGGUGCGGACGCUACUGGGUUGUACGGCGCAGGGCAUCGAAACGGGUGCGGACGGGCUGGUGCAGCGUUUGGUCACGGCGUCCGGCCAGGUCAUGUCUGCGGAUGCCUACGUGAGCGCAGUGCCGUUCUGGGUUCUGCCCAACCUGAUCCCGGACCAUCUGGCAAAAAAAGCGCCUUUCAAUGAGAUUGGCGGGCUUCGAGCUUCGCCCAUCGUCAACGUGCACCUGGAUUACGACCGCACGGUGAUGGACGGAGAUUUCUGUUACUUCCUGGACAGCCCGUUGCAAUGGGUCUUCAACGGUUCGCGAAUUCGCGGGACCGACCGGCGGGAGGAUGGCCCGUCGUUAGACGAUGGCCAGUCGUUGACAGUGUCGAUUAGCGCGGCAUGGGAUCACAUCGACCUUCCGCGCGGGGAGCUGGCCGGAAGUAUUGCCGAAGAGAUGCGGUCCGUCUUCCCCAGGGCUCGACGCGCGCAGCUUGUGGGCUCGACGGUGGUGAAACAGCGGAACGCGACAUUCAGGUGCACUCCCGGCGCGCAGCGAAUGCGACCCGGCCCGACCACCGUGGCACCCAACCUCUUUUUGGCCGGGGAAUGGACCGACACCGGAUGGCCUUCGACUAUGGAGGGGGCCAUCAUCAGCGGAUAUAAUGCCGCUGCAGCGGUCAUGUCGAGUUUCGGCAACGCCGCAGAUACAUCGGAGGAAAAGAGUGGCCGACCAAUGGUCUGA